AUGGAGAAACUCUUUGAUGCCACCCAGUGUCCAGACAAGUGGAAAGUUAACUUUGUUGUAUUCUACUUAAAAGGGCAAGCUGAUCUGUGGUGGAAGACUGCUAGAGAGAUGCAGAAUCAACCUGGAUUUGGAUGGGAAGGCCUAAAGGAGGCUAUGAGAAACCAGUUUUACCCUCACUCUCUGCAACUCCAAAUGGAAUAUGAGUUUAUCCAUCUGAGGCAAAGGGGUAUGUCGGUUCUGGAAUAUGUUGUGAAGUUCAAUGAGUUAGCUCGAUUUGCUCCUGAUCUGGUAUCUACGGAUCGUCAAAGGAUGAAUCAAUUUGAAGGAGGUUUAAAUCUGGACCUUCAAGAAAAGCUUGCUGCAAACAUGAGUAAGUCCUAUCAAGAGCUAUAUGACCGGGCUAUCAAUGUUGAAAGGAAAAUGAAGCUGCGAAAGGAAGUGUAUGAGGGUGGAAAAAGAAAAGCUAAACCUCAUGAUAGCCACUCCAACAACAACAACUUCAACAAAAAGCCGAACACGGGAUAUUCGGGAAACGAUCAGAAGCAAAUUCCUCGAUGCAACAAAUUCGGAAGACAAGGCCACAUGACGAAUGAAUAUUUGCGAAGUGGAAAUGUUGUGAAUCGUGGUCAAAGAAACGACCAGAACUCUGGCUAUGGUGGAAAUGCAGGCAACGCAAAUAAGAACCCUCCACGUGGACCCCCGCAGGCUGGAAGAGUCUUUAUGAUGCAGCGUGAAGAGCAGAGGCAGAUGAAACUGUCAUUACUGGUACUUUUCCUGUCAACUCUAAGCUUGAAUGCAAAACCAUGCUCUGAAUUCUCUGCCAUGACUGUCACCAUCCCUAAUGGUGAAUCCAUCUUAUGUGAUGUCAUGUAUAGAAAUUGCCCUAUUCUUAUAGGAGGAUGCGAAUUUCAAGUAGACCUCGUUCAAUUUGAAUUAACCGACUUUGAUGUGAUAUUGGGAAUGAAUUGGUUGUCGAAGUACAAAGCGGACAUAAAUUGCCUUAACCAUGAAAUAACCCUCAGGAAGCCAGAUGGGUGUAAGGUUUCUUAUCGAAGAAGAAAAGUCCAACCCAAACCUGAAAUCAUCUCAUCCUUGAAAGCCUUCAAGUUACUUUCAAAGGGUCAUUAUGGAUACCUAUGUAGUGUGGUAGACCUAACCAAACCUGAACCCUCAUUAUCCGAUAUUCCGAUAGUUUGUGAGUACCCUGAUAUAUUUCCGGAAGAGAUACCUGGCAUGCCACCAGAAAGAGAGAUAGAUUUUAGCAUUAACCUCGUUCCUGGAUCUGCUCCUAUCUCCAAGGCACCUUAUCGAAUGACACCUGCUGAGUUACAAGAACUGAAAAAGCAACUAGAUGAAUUACUCGAGAAGGGGUAUAUUCGACCUAGUGUGUCGCCAUGGGUGCACCAGUUGAUUUGUCAAGAAGAAAGAUGGAAGCAUGAGAAUGAUAAAGUUAUAGCAUAUGCUUCCCGUCAACUCAAGCCUCAUGAACAAAACUACCCAACUCAUGACCUUGAACUAGCCGCAGUUGUGUUUGCUCUCAAAAAUGGAGACACUAUCUCUAUGGUGUUCCGUGGUAGAACAUGUGUUCCAGAUAAGGAGGCAUUGAAAAAGAGAAUUCUGGAAGAAGCUCACAACAAUCCUUUUUCUGUUCACCCUGGAGGAAAAAAGUUGUACAAGGAUUUAAAGCAGACCUUCUGGUGGAGCAAUAUGAAGCAAGAAGUUGCAGAAUUUGUGUCAAGAUGUCUGACCUGUCAAAGGAUAAAGAUCGAACAUUAG